AUGUACAGGUCAAUGGCUGUAUAUACACCUGUUAUUAGAUUACCACCGAAACGCAAACCCAGCUUAAUUCGCAAACAUGGCAACAGUAGUAGCAGCACAAGCAAUAGCGGUCAUGGUAGCCCAAACGAGCUAUCGCUCGAACCCAGCGAUUGCCUUGUCUCUGACACAUUGUAUCUGAGCAAGUUGCCAGCCAACAUCAGAGAGAGUGAUAUCCGUACGUUGCUGCAACAUUGCAUGCCCAUCGAGAUAUUUAUUGAUCGAGAGAAAGACAUUGGGCAAUUGCGAUUUAGUCAAGCUAAAUAUGCGGACAGAGCCUACUCUCUUUACAAUGGAUUUACAUUCACCAACAACACAAAAUUAGAACUGCAAAUGUAUCAAGAUAAAAGAUUAGAUCCCGAGGCAAAAGCCGCAUUAUUGGAAAUUAACGGCCUGCCCGAGCAUUUUGAUGACAACAAGCUGUACGAUGUAUUUCGUCCAUUUGGCCCCUUGAACCUGUGUAAAUGUGUCAUGAAGGAUGGUGCUUUUAGAGGCACAGCGUUUGUGCAAUUCUUCGAGGCAUAUAGCUCAAAUGAAGCAGUAGCACAGAUGAACGAUCACUCAUUGGAUGGCCAUAGAUUAUCUGUUGUUCCUUUCAUGCUCUCAAAAACGCAUGCAUCUCAGCAACAACAUCAACAACAACAUCGCCAACAUCAAGAGGAGUCUUUAAACAGCCACAGUACCCAUAACAAUCCAGAAGAUCCCAAUUCAGUUGAUAUCAUGAAUUUAUACAUCAAAAAUCUUGAACCUCAUAUUACAAACCAUGAUUUAAAUCAGACAUUCCGAAAAUUUGGCCGAAUUAUCUCGGCUAGAGUCAUGACAAAUCCAGCUACAGGCCAGUCAAAAGGCUAUGGAUUUGUGAGUUUUGGUAAAUCUGAAGAGGCAGCAGCAGCAUUGAAGGAAAUGAAUGGUGUCAUGCUUGGCAACAGACCACUCACAGUGGCAUAUCAUGAGCCCAGAAAGGGAAGACCCAAUACUGUGAAUUACAACAAUCACAACAACAAUAGCAAUAGCAAUCAUCACCACUAUCCGCAUCCACAGCACCAGCAACAUGACUACCAACAGCACUCCUAUUAUAACAGCACCAACAACAACAACAAUAGCAGCAUGGAGAGAUCGAAUAAUUUAUCUUCCUCUACGCCCAUUAAUGGCCUUGGUAUCGAUAACGUGGAUGAAUUAGGAAUGAACAUGAACCUGAAAGACCUUUCCAUUGGUCAGAAACCUGCAACAUUGCAUGCUGCUACUAUUAAUUUACCAUCUUCUCGAAGCCAGCAACACCAUCCACCAGCCAGAUUAUCACCUCCGUUCUCUUCCUCACCCAUCUCUGGAGCCAGCACGGGUAGGUCACUGGCUUCUCUUGCUUCUGGCCUCAGUAUCCAGCAACCGCCACCCAUGCAGCAACAGCAUCCUGUUGCCCAUAUUGGCCACAAUGGACGCCCCACACUUCGCCGUCGUGGUUCAUUAGAGUCUGUCAUGACAGAAUCUAGUGCCAAUCUCCAGAGAAUCAAACUAGAAGACGCUGUCCGUCAAUGCGGUGACUAUGGCAAAGCAGCCGCAGACAUUGUAGACAUGCUGUUGACAUUAAAGAGAAAGGAGAGAUCGCUGUGUCUGUUCAACCCUGACUUUUUGCAUGAAAAAGUGCAAUUGGCAUUAGAAGCAUUGGCUACCUGCAACGAAACAGACAGUGAAGAGGAGGAAGAUGAUGAUGAAGACCAAGAUGGAUUAGAGAUGGAAUACGCCAUGAGAAGCCAUAAGAAACCCGUAUCACCUCCUCCUACUACAACAUCAUCCGCACAGUCUUAUUACACACCCGUUCAGCGUAAUGUUAUACCAUCUCCUCCUAUUCCCAGCGCAAGAAGAGAGUCUAAAGCCAUACCCAUUGUUGCUCCACCUCCCAAGCCAACCUCAAUGACAAACACAAGCAGUUCGAGCGCAUCCACAUCGACAGUGAUCAAAGAAGAAGUGGAAUCCAUGCUGAUCUCUUUUGAAGGCAAGCCAAUUCACGAAAAGAAGCAAUUGUUGGGUGACAAACUAUUUCCCCUUGUCAAGGUAAAGCUGUAG